AACAUGUUCAGCAGUAAGAACUUCCAGGCUUUACUCACCCUCCGAUUGUACUUCCCAGUUAUAUAAGGAUAAUGAGGGAAAAUUUCAAAAAGUAUGCACCACAGUCAGAACAGCAAAGACAAACAUAAGUAUCCGAACUAAUAGAAGGACAGUGGGCAUCAUAUCCAG